UUCUUCCCAAUACCAUCUGAUCAUUUCCCAGUUCCUAAAAAUGGCUGCCUUUUCUCAUCCUGAUUUUGUUCUUGACCCUUUUCUCCAGCUACAGAAAACCAACACCUUUUCUUCUUUACAAGAGAAAGAAACCAUCACAAAACCCAGCUCUUCUCAAGACUAUCGACAGGAGAUUCCUAAUCUGCAUGAAAUUAGCCAUUUUGCAGACAACCCAGAAGUCCCUUCCACUGAUACUCUAGCUUCUCCUGUUAUUGUAAAUCAACACUCAACUUCUCCAUCAUUUAUGGUUGAUCCUGAGAGCGGAUGGGUUCAUGUUGCUCCAUUGAUAACCCCGAUACUAAUGGAGCAAAAGAGAAAGCACGUCGACACCUGGAAGGGAUCAGAAAUAGAAAGCAAAGGUGAGAAACAAUGCUGCAAUGACUCAAAAAAAUCAUCAUCACAUAGGAAAAAACGUAACUCCACUAGUACCAGAAAAGAGAAGAAAGUUCGCCAACAGCCUUUGACAGGUUUUGUUCAUGUGAGAGCGAGAAGGGGCGAAGCAACGGACCCUCACAGUCUUGCUGAGAGGGUAAGAAGAAAGAAAAUAAGUACGAGGAUGAAGCUGUUGCAAUCUCUGGUUCCUGGGUGUGACAAGAUAACUGGCAAGGCUCUCAUACUGGAGGAAAUAAUUAGAUAUGUUCAAACCCUACAGAAUCAAGUAGAGUUCCUUGCAGCAAAACUUGAAUUUGUGAGUGGCAUAGGCAACGACUUUCAAGCGAACUACCACAUGAACACACUAGCACCAAAGGGUAUAUAUAGCUCACUGGUUCAAGAAUCGAACUCCAACCAUCAUCUCUCAUCUUUCGUUGAGGCAACACCUCAAUUCUCAAUGUUUCUUGAUCAAGAGGCAACUAAUGCCACCACUUAUCAACUACUUAAUUACAACAUUAAUUAAGUUUAGGCAUGCUGAGAAAUAAGGAUAAAGAGGUAAUGACAUAAAAGAGAGAAAAUCCUAGACUGAGAAAUGAAUAAUAUUCGACCCAUUCAUUACACUGGAGUUCUGUAGUAGAG